UACUGCGAAAAAAUGACAAAAAUAUACAAAAAAUAAUCUUCAAACAUUUUUGGCUAUAAAGUUGUAAAAAAAAUGAGAACCCGAAGUAAUUCGGGUGUCCGCCUGGAUUAUUAUCAACGUAUUGUGCAUAAGCUAAUUUUAGACCAUCAGCAACCGGUUACUGGUUUGUUUCCAGCAAGUCGUCAUAACGAUCAUGCCUGGAUCAGGGAUAAUCUCUACUGCAUUUUGGCAGUAUGGGGGUUAUCAAUGGCUUUCAAGAAAAUCGCCGAUCAAGAUGAGGAUCGGGCUAAGACAUACGAGUUAGAACAAAGUUGUGUGAAGCUCAUGAGAGGACUUCUUAUGGCUAUGAUGCAACAAAAAGACAAAGUAGAGAAGUUCAAAACUACACAACAUCCACUAGACUCUCUACAUGCUAAAUAUUCUUCCAUUACUGGAGGCACAGUAGUGAAAGAUGAUGAUUGGGGACAUCUGCAGAUUGAUGCCAUUUCUUUAUAUCUACUCAUCCUCGCUCAAAUGACUGCAUCAGGACUACAAAUUGUCUUUUCACUAGAUGAGGUUGCAUUCAUUCAAAACUUAGUAUUUUAUAUUGAAUCUGCAUAUUGCACACCAGAUUAUGGUAUCUGGGAGAGAGGUGACAAAACUAAUCAUGGUCUUCCAGAAUUAAAUGCCAGUUCUAUUGGUAUGGCUAAAGCGGCAUUGGAAGCAAUGAAUGAACUCGACCUUUUUGGUGCCAGAGGUGGUCCGUCCAGCAUUAUUCAUGUCUUGGCUGACGAAGCACAAAAGUGCCAAGCUGUUUUGCAGUCUAUGUUGCCUAGGGAAUCAAAUAGUAAAGAGCUAGACUCAGGCUUACUAUCAAUCAUUAGCUACCCAGCUUUUGCUGUUGAUGAUCCGCAAUUGAUAGCUAAAACUAGGGAUACAAUAGUAUCAAAAAUGCAAGGAAAGUAUGGUUGCAAGAGGUUUCUGAGGGAUGGCCACAAAACUCCCCGAGAAGAUCCAAACAGACUCUACUAUGAGCCCUGGGAGCUCAGAAUGUUUGAGAAAAUUGAAUGUGAAUGGCCUUUAUUCUUCUGCUACCUAAUAUUGGACUAUUUCUUCCAAGGAGAUAAAGACCAUGUGUCAGAAUAUAUGCAGAAACUAGAAUCUAUUAUGAUAAGAGGAGAUGACACCAUAAAACUGGUGCCAGAGUUGUACUCUGUACCGGCUGACAGAGCUGAUGCUGAGCAGAGAGAGCCGGGAAGUCAGGAGAGAAUACCUUUGGGAAGGUGCCCUUUUAUUUGGGGGCAAUCAUUGUACAUACUAGGAAAAUUAUUACAAGAGGGAUUUUUAGCAGUGGGAGAAUUGGAUCCACUUAAUAGAAGAUUAUGUUCAGAAAAGAAACCAGAUGUUGUGGUACAAAUUGUAAUUUUAGCUGAAGACAAAGAAAUUCGCGACAAACUCAUGGAAUAUGACUUGCAUGUUCAAACUAUAAGUGAAGUUGCACCCAUUGAGGUGCAGCCAGCCAGAGUGCUCAGUCAUCUCUAUACUUAUUUAGGUAGAAAUAAAAAAUUAGGUCUUUCCGGACGAAAGUCUCGCGAUGUCGGCAUACUCAGUACCAGUAAAUUGUAUUCUUUGAAUGAUCGCAUCUUCGCUUUCACACCACAGAACUUCGACUACGAAGAGUACUACAUGACCCGCGAUCCGGCGUUGCUGGCUAGCACCUUCACCGCCAACGUGGCGUUCCUCGGCAUGAGCUGGAAACAGAUGCUGGGGCGGCCCACCAUCACCUUGCUAGCCACGCAUUACCUGCUAGAUCAAGGAAAGAUCCCAAUGGCCAUGAUAACGACAAUGAAGAAGUUGAAAUCGGGCUACAUUAAUGGUACCAGAGUAACGCUUGGUAAUUUAGGGGACUUCCUAAGCACCUCGGCUAUCACCAACUUAAGUUUCUUGGGAAGUCAAGAAGAUGGAUAUCCUGAUAAGCUGAACCCUCAAGUGCAGAGCUACCUAGAAGAGCAUCUACUCAAGUCUUUCAGCAACAAGUUCGCGUUCCUCCCGCGGCCGGCGGGCGCGCGCAACGCCAAGGUCCUGCGCCGCAAGAUGUCCGUUCGCGGCGCCAUCAAGAAGACUAGGUCCAUUAAUGUUGACUCGGAGACUUUAGGAAUGGAAGGUGAAUAUUUUGGCCCACAUUCGGAGAAGAAGUCUUCGUGGUUGGAGGUUGAAAACCAGCUCGGUCGAAGCCCAUCGCCCGAGGAAGCCAAGAAACGUAUUACUAAAGGAACUUCUACAACAACUCUUUUAACGACACCGACGAUCGAAAUUACAAAGGAAGAAUCGCCCCCACCACCUAAGGAAGAGAAGAACAAGAACGUGGGCGUCCGCAACCGGACGGCGUCGGAAAGUCAGACGUUGUACGCGGAGCAGGAGACGGACGAGCUGAUCGCCGUGCUGCGGGAGACGGAGAGCCUGGACGAGCAGGGCGACAUACUCCAGUACCUCGUGGAUACCCACGGCCUGGACUUCGACACCGGUAUGAUAGAAAACGGCAAACAUGUCACCGUGAAGGAUUUACUCAAAGCGCUCUACGAGAAGGCGUGUACGCAGAAACUGUGGGGUUUAGUACGCCAUACGGCAGGCAUGUUGGGUAAACGUGUCGAGGAUCUAGCUAAGGCGGUCACGGACCUGCUCGUCCGACAGAAGCAGAUCACAGUGGGAAUGCCUCCGAACAACGAACACACUAUAACCGCACCUCUGCCCGAGAAUGAGUUGCGACAGCUUAUACACUUGGCGUACGGUGACGACGAGAGCACAGCGAUGUUGACACAGGAGCUGCUGGUGUACCUCGCCAUGUUCAUCCGCACCGAGCCCCAGCUGUUCCUGGAGAUGCUGAGGCUGAGAGUCGGCCUCAUCAUACAGGUUAUGGCGACGGAACUAUCUAGAACUCUGUCUUGUAACGGCGAAGAGGCGUCAGAACAUUUGCUCAACCUGUCUCCCUUCGAAAUGAAGAACUUACUCUAUCACAUACUCAGCGGCAAAGAGUUUGCUAUCAAUAGCGCCAAUUCACUAUUUCUCGUAAAAGAGAAUAUACGAAAUAAAGCGGCUCGCGGUGGAAAUUUCUCCAUUGUCAGCAAUAAAUCGAAUCGAUACACGAAGAAAUCUCAAAUUAUACUCGAGGGCAAAUCUCUACACGCAGACGCGGAAGAAGCACCAAUAGCGGAGCCCGACCGCCAAGGUCAGUGGCUGCGACGACGGCGGCUGGACGGCGCGCUCAACCGCGUACCACGAGACUUCUACCCCAAGGUCUGGGGGGUACUCGAAAAGUGCCAAGGCCUAGUGAUCCAGGGCAAAGUGCUGCAGCAGAAUUUGACCCAAGAGAUGACGUCCGGAGAGCUGAAAUUCGCGCUCGCAGUCGAAACGGUCCUCAACUCCAUCCCGCAGCCCGAGUACCGGCAGCUAGUGGUCGAAGCGCUAAUGGUUCUGACUCUAGUGGUCGAGUACAACGCGGUGCAAGACUUCGGGGGUACCAUAACAGUUGAAGAUUUGGUGCAUCGGGCCAACGAGAUUUUCUUGGAGGAUCAGAUGAACUGCAACGGCGACGCGACGCUGUGCUGCGCGAAGGCGGGCCGCUCUGACGCGCUAGUGUGCGGCGGCGCGGGCGGCGUCUGUCAGCUGUUAUACGACAGCGCGCCGAGCGGCAGCUACGGCACUAUGACGUACCUGGCGCGCGCCGUAUCGCUGCUCCUCCCUCCCGACCGCCCGCUAGAGUGCGCUGUCUGCUAAUUUUUUAAACUUUAUGCGAGUAUUUUGCCAUACACCUUAGAGCCAUUGUACACGGCGUAACUUAGUUGUUUGUGAGUUGUUGUAUGCAAACGACAUGCCUAAUCUUCUAUUACACUAUAGCAGGGGUCACCAGAUGGCGGAUCGCGGUCUGCAUCCGGACCGCCGACCCAUUGUGUGCGGACCAAGCAUGUUUGAAGAUGA